CGAAACAGUACGUGGAACUGGAAACCUCGUAGCAAAUUCUCCUACAAAUAGCCAGAUUAGAGUAUUGUUUACAGCGGUUCAUGUUUCCUCUUCUUCUACUCCCAUUUGAACUCCCUCCUCCGCCCCACUCGUCUUUCUCUCGAUCUCUUGCCGUCAAGAACGAUUUUUAUUGAAUAGGAAGACACUACCGGAAUCUAUGUGCAUGUUCUUUCGAGUUUCUGUCUUCAUUCUAAGAAUCCUGUUCUUGGUUAGAGAAACAGAGUAAGAGUAAAGUAUCUUACUUGGGCGUAGUAUUUUCAUCUAUAACCCUCCCUUUCAUGGAGUAGUGCGAGCAAGAACCCGUAAAUUGAAUUUUGGGGUCUCUUAGAAAUGGACCGGGAAUCUCCCCCUCAUGCGCGUCGAUUGAGGUUUUACAAGACUCUGUGUCUGGCAUACCAGAGUCUCGGGGUUGUUUACGGUGACCUCAGUAUAUCUCCCAUUUAUGUCUACAAAAGCACGUUUUCUGGAAGCUUGCGCUCUUACAAAGAGGACCAUGAGAUUCUUGGGGUACUUUCUCUGGUUUUCUGGACUUUGACUUUGAUCCCUCUUUGCAAAUACAUUAUGUUUGUAUUAGCAGCUGAUGACAAUGGUGAAGGUGGAACCUUUGCUUUGUAUUCUCUAUUGUGUCGGCACUUAAAGGCGGGCCUUUUGAGUACUUCCCAUGGUGCAAAUCAUCGUUUGUCUUCUUGCAACACUGGAACUCCCACAAAAGAGACAAGAACUAGCUUAGCCAUAAAGGAAUUAAUUGAAAAACACCAGAGUUCGCGUGUCGUGUUGCUGCUAGUUGUUCUUCUUGGAACUAGCAUGGUUAUUGGUGAUGGAAUCCUGACCCCAACAAUGUCUGUCCUUUCUGCAGUCAAUGGAAUAAGAACCAAGGCCACAAAUUUGCCUGAAAAUUACAUUGUGCUCAUUGCUUGCAUAAUCUUGGUGGGCCUUUUUGCUCUUCAGCAUUUUGGAACACACAGAGUUGGCUGCCUUUUUGCUCCUAUCAUGAUAUCUUGGCUCCUGUGUAUAAGUGGAGUGGGAAUUUACAACAUAAUUCACUGGAACCCCCGCGUCAUUUAUGCAUUGUCACCUCAUUACACAUUCAAUUUUUUCAAGCAAGCUGGAAAAGAUGGGUGGUAUUCUCUCGGGGGCGUUGUGCUUUGCAUUACAGGUGCAGAAGCUAUGUUUGCUGAUCUCGGUCAUUUCUCCCAAUCCUCCUUGAGGAUUGCGUUUAUGUUAGUUGUUUACCCUUGCUUAGUUCUAGCAUACAUGGGUGAAGCUGCUUAUCUCUCCCAGAACAGAAUAGACCUUCAGAGUAGUUUCUUCAAUGCCAUUCCAGAGCGUAUCUUUUGGCCGGUAUUUGGCAUCACAACUCUUGCAACUAUAGCGGGAAGCCAGGCAAUCAUAUCAGCUACUUUCUCACUCAUAAGUCAGUGCAGGGCACUAAGGUGCUUCCCGCGUGUCAAAAUAAUACAUACAUCAGGCCAAAUACAUGGACAAAUUUACAUACCUGAGGUCAAUUGGGGUUUGAUGGCAGUGUGUCUUGCAGUUGUUAUUGGCGUUAGAGACACUGAGGUGAUUGGAAAUGCAUAUGGUCUGGCUGUGAUCACAGUGAUGUUUGUUACAACUUGCUUGAUGUUUCUCAUUAUAAGUACCGUUUGGAAUCAAAAUGUCCUGUUGGCAGCAAUGUUCGUAGUGAUAUUUGGAUCCGUAGAACUGCUUUACUUCUCAGCUUGCCUCACCAAAAUAAACAAAGGAGGGUGGCUUCCCCUUGCCUUCUCUCUGGUAAUUUUGUCUCUGAUGCUUGCCUGGCAGUAUGGAACCUCAAGAAAACAGGCCUUUGAGUUGGAGAACAAAGUGUCCUCGGAAAGGCUUCAUAUUCUUGGCCAGAGCUUGGGUAUGGUCAGGGUUCGUGGGAUUGCACUAAUUUACACGAGUCUUGCCGCAACUGUGCCACCCACUUUUGCACAUUUUGUCACAAAUUUCCCUGCUUUCCAUCAGCUUCUCUUCUUUGUGACUCUUGACAAUUUGAUGGUCCCGAAAGUUCCAGUUUCUGAUCGUAUUCUUGUUGGACGGAUUGGCCCACCUGAGUUCAGAGCAUUUUCGUGCAUUAUCAGGUAUGGCUACAAGGACGAGAGGGACAGCUAUAACCUUGAAACAGAGCUGAUCGAGAAGGUGGGAGAAUUCUUACGAAGUAAUUGCCGUGAUGAUGAAGAAUACACAAUUACAGUGGGAGAUGAUGGUGUUGGGAGGGAGAGAAAUUCGGGUUCAAAGAGCGUGCGAUUCAGAGAAGAAGAGAUGCAAGAAUUUGACGAGGCAAGGGAAGCUGGCGUGGCUUACAUGCUGGGUAACACUUACAUAGUGGCAAGUGAGGCGUCGCCAAUCGUGAAGAAGUUUGCCAUUAACGUCGUGUAUGAGUUUCUCAGACGUAACUGUAGGAGUCCGGCAAUUUCACUGGGGAUUCCAUACACCUCGCUCAUUGAAGUGAGUAUGGCCUAUCACGUGUAAAAGAAUUAUGGGUUCUUGGUGAAAUUUCUUCCUUACUGAUACGCCUUCUUAAACAUGGUGUCCUAGGCUUUGUAUAGUUUUUGUUUGAGAUGAAUGACAAAGGUGACCUAAGCUUUGUAUA